GCUUUCCGCAUCACCCCGACACCUUAUGUCGUUCCUCUCUGGCUCUCUCGCGGGCGCGCUGGUAGCGGGCGGGGUUUACUAUGGAUUUUCAAAUCUGAUUCAAUCAAGAACGCAAGCUCAUCGCGCAGACUUGCACGACCUAUCUCGACGCCUACUCAACCCACCUGCCGCGCUGAACGCACCUCCACCAGCUGCUGAGCGUAUUCACCACGAUGCCUUUUCAACACAAUUGAAAGACCGGUGGAACCACGAGAUCGAGGGGCUCUUCCGGACGUCGACAGAGUUGGCCGCGAAAGGGAGGGAUUGGGCGAAGCGGACGUUGUACGGAGCCAGCGGUGGAAAGGAGAAGUUCUGAACACUUGUUGAGUAGAGUCUGCUCUGUCUUUCUACAUGAUUCACGCCGCUCCAUCUGCUGCUGCCGAACGAGACAUUGCAGAGAGAAUAGACGCCUUGACCUAGCCUUGUCUCCCGCAGGGUGUCAGCAGCCUGAUUUCAGCAGCGAGCAUCACCAGGCGUCAUGAUACUGCGCCAGUGAUGCCAUG